AUGAGCGGACUGCGUCGACCACUCGUGGCGCAGGCGUGCCGGAUAUCCGUUAGAAAUGCGGGAAGAAUUCGAGUGACCCAUGUUAAAUAUCUUUCAAACAGUCCGACGAGCUGGAACGCCGCCAAGACGGCUGCGCCAGAGGUUAAACCAAAGAAGAAGCGUAGAUUUAUUCGAACAACUUUGGUUUAUUCCACCCUGUUGGUCCUGAUGGGCUACGCUGUGGGCACGGCUGCAGCCGUCAAUGACGAGCGAGCGCACGACUGGUUCACCGAGCAUGUACCAUUUGGGGAAGAGAUUGUCGACUUUGCAGAGUCACAGGGCUUCGUAGGCGGUCUGCCUCGUGCGGCUCCAACCCAAGCAGUCUCGCCCCGACGGCAGCGUCCAACCCCUUCGUCACCUUCAGAGCCUCGUCCAGAGCCUCCAAAGAAACAUGAAAAGGUCGAAGCAUUCAAGUCUAGGGUCGAGGAGCGUGUCAAGGAGAAAAAGGAGCGUAUUAAGAAUGUCGCAGCGCAGCUAGGUACCCAUACGGAAAAAGGAGAACCACGAGAAUUGCCACCGACGCAUAUAUCACGAACUCUGCCUGCACCACUUCCUCCUGCUCAUUACUCGCCCGGUGUAGAGGACCUUGUAGCAGAGGUCAAGGGCGUGCUCAAGGGAGACCCAAUCGUCUUCCCUCCUCCGGCGCCUGAACCGGCCAAGCCAGCCGCUAAGGAGGAAGAACCGCAUCCCCCUGCCGCUCCUCAGGUAGAGAUGGAGCCCCCACCGGAACCGCCCAAGGGCAAGCAGUGGUACGAAGGCCCGCCGCUCCCACUCGGCUUUGAGCCACCUCCAGGAUACGCAAUCAAACCUCCAAGAAAGGUGCCAAAGUCGACUGCUGGCUUGAUCCUCGUCGCUCCAUCUGUUGCAGAAUUUACUGCUUCGGAGCCGCUCUUGAGCGAAUUGGCAGGAACGGUUGACAAUCUUGCCAAAUACCUCGAGGAGAAUCCAAAGGCAGAGAGGAGCGUGAACAAGAUACUUGAAGUUGCCAAGGACGACAUUGCUCAUUUGGGCCAGAAAAUCGAGACGAUUCAAAAGGAAUCAAAGGAACAGCUGGAAGCACAUCUAGAAAAGCAGAAAAAGGAGUACUCACUCAAGCUUCUUGAGGCCGAACUCAGCGCCCAGGACAAACUGGAUUCACAAGACGAGGAAUGGCGCAAGUACUUUGAGCAAGAACGUCUUUCGCUCCUCCAGAAGUACCAAGAGAAGCUUGAUAGCGAGCUUGAGGCGCAGAAGGCGCUUAUCAAUGCCCGUCUCAAAGAAGAGGUCAUCGCCCAAGGCAUUGAACUGCAACGUAGAUGGAUUCGCGACGUCCAGCUUCACGUCGAGGAGGAGCGAGGGGGUCGACUAGCCAAACUCGAGGAAGUGGCGACCGGCUUGAAAAAGUUGGAGCGCCUGACACUGGACAAUGCAAACUAUCUCGAUGAGAAUCUACGGCUGCAUGCCGUGUGGUCUGCCCUUCGUGCUCUGACCAACGCUACCGUCGACUCUCCUACUCGCAAGCCAUUCCGUGACGAGUUGCACGUUCUCAAGAGCGUUGCCAGUGCCGCUGGAACCGCUGACGAUGCCAUGGUUGCUGCUCUUGAAUCCUUGGAAAAAUCGGAUGCUCCAGAUGUCGGGCUAGAGCCCCUUGCAGAUUUGACCGCCUGGUUCACGACCAGCGUCGCCCCUCGCGUCAACUCGGUAUCCCUCGUCCCCGAAUACGGCGGAGGCGUCCUCAUUCAUCUCGCUUCGAGUCUCAUCUCGAGCUUCCGCUUUAGACGGACGGGAUUAGUCGAGGGUGACGACGCCCUGAGUAGGAUGGCGCGGGCAGAGUAUUACCUAAACGAAAAGGAUCUCGACAGUGCCACUCGUGAGCUCAACCAGCUUCAAGGUCCGGCGAAAGAGUUGUUGGCGGAUUGGCUCGCGGCUGCGAGACGGCGUUUGGAGGUUCAACAGGCGUUGGAGGUUGUUCAGGCUCAGGCGACGCUCUCUUCGUUGCUCGUUUUAUAG